GGGACAUGGGAGGAAAGUCUAAUGAUUAGCAAAUAGAAAUAUAUUAGUCUAAUGGGUAGAAAAUGUAAAAGCAUUGGUUUAGUAUUAUUUUGACCUCCGUGGAAACGUGACCGACUAGCGUGUUUUGCUUCUAUCUAUACUAAUAAAUCUCCUUCAAAACCAGUGGAACGCAUACCUCACAUGUGGACCUCAACCAAUGAGAUUGGUCCACGUGUCCCACGGGGCCAAGAGCAGUCAAGAGCAGUCACACAGAGACCAGGGUUUCCAGAAUCACAUGGUGGCCAUCCAAUGCUCAUAUCGCUCUCUAUUUAUACCAUCUCGGUGGAAGAUGGUUUCCAUGCUAAGGUUGUUGUUUGAGUAGUUGCCGAGAAAGUGAAGGAAAUUGGUAUGUUUGAUAGAGACGAUGCAGAAGAGUCACACAAAUAUGAAUAAAGUGACCUACUGCGAGUCCUCAAACGGUGCUGGUGCUGAAGGGCCGUCUAAAAUAGAUGGCGGUGCCGUGAAGCUCAAUUCAGAGCUUUCGCCCUCGGAUUCUUUUUCAAUGGAGUUCUCGAAACAGGCGGACGGAUUAGUGUUCCACCGAAGUAACAGCAAGGGGGGAGAUGAGGCGGACAAGCGGAGCUCGACAUGCAUACCUCAUGGGUCGGUGUCGGUGAUCGGGCGUAGGAGAGCGAUGGAAGACACCCUGACUGUGGCACCGGGAGAGCUCGAGUUGUACGAUUUCUACGCCGUGUACGACGGCCACGGAGGGGAUCAGGUGGCGCACGCGUGCCGUAACCGGCUGCACAAGUUAGUUGCCAAGGAGGUCGAGCACAGGAGAGAUGGCGAGGGAGGAAUCCAUUGGGAGAACGUGAUGGCAGCGAGCUUUUCGAAGAUGGAUGAAGAAAUUAACGUCGAAGCCAGCGAGAUGGCUGACAGGUCGGCAUCUUCCUUGCUGAGGUCGAUGGGGUCGACGGCUGUGGUGGUGGUGGUCGACGCAGAGAAGCUUGUGAUAGCCAAUUGUGGCGAUUCGAGAGCUGUCCUAUGCUGCAACGGCGUUGCCGUGCCAUUAUCUCGUGAUCAUAAGCCUGAUAGACCUGAUGAAAGGGAAAGGGUGGAAGCUGCCGGAGGAAACGUCAUAAAUUGGGAUGGUUUUCGCGUCCUAGGAGUGCUUUCUAUCUCACGAUCAAUAGGAGAUUACUUUCUCAGGCCAUAUGUGAUCUCCGAACCAGAAGUGACAGUUUGGGAACGAAAAGAGUCGGACGAGUUCCUUGUAAUAGCAACUGAUGGGCUAUGGGAUGUGGUUACAAACGAGCUUGCCUGCAAGUUGGUGAAGAGGUACCUUAGUGGCAAAAUUCGGAGGAGAUUCUCAGAGGGAACAAAUGCGAGUUGUGCUAUGGAGGCAGCUUCCAUACUAACUGAACUGGCUAUGGCUCGAGGAAGCAAAGACAAUAUCAGCGUGAUAGUAGUCCAGCUGAAGAAACAUCACUGCCAUGGCAGUCUCAAGAAACCCAAUAGGUCAAGCCCUUAGAUCAUUUUCUUAUUUCAUCAUCAAGAAAACCAGUGCUCCAAGCUCCCAGCCCUUAGAUCUUUUUCUUAUUCCAUGCCUCAUGGGCGGCAAUACACAACCCUUUGACCUCUAGGUCAAAACCAUGUUGUCUUCCUAUCCUACUAGUAAUCUAAGGGGAUAAGUUUUGCACUACUCAUGGAAGAGUUGUCCCUUUGAUGUCUAACAUAAUGCAUGAAAGGACGUUUAGUUGGAAAUUCAUUGGCAAAGACUUCUCCAAACUAAUCUUUGCCCAAGUAAGGUUCCAUUAAAUGUUGAUGGUAAAUGAAAAGAUUAAGAUUAGAGAG